AUGCGUCAACGAUGUACUGGAAUCCUAAGCAUUUGGAAGGAUCAUCAUGCAAUGUCCAUGGCCUCGAAGGCUCUCCUUGGACAAGGACGAUGUGGGCAAUCUCUAGAUCUCCUUGCGAAGUCUAGAUAUCAAUGAAAUGAGUCGCCGAAUCGUCUCCAGUGGUUGUCACCCGAUGGAGUGGAAAAUCGACGACUUUGUGGCUCUCCGACGAUUGUCACCCGACAGAGAGAAGCUAGAUGGAGGUGGGGCACGUGUUAGGGAGCUUCAUCCUUAGGUCUACGCAGCAAGAGAAGGCUCUUCAUCGCAUCCGGUACGCUCUCAGGAGGUAGCGACUCGUCUCCCAGCGAAUCGUCUUCUUCUUGACGAUGGCUUGUUCGUCGAUCAAUCGGAGAUCGUUUACUCGAUGGAUUCACGAUCUUUUUAUCGCGAAUUAUUUAGUAAUUUUAGUAACAAUGCUUUGCAAAUCGCGUUGACGAGAUUUUCGCCAAUGAUCCAACGAUUCUAAUAGCUUAAUCCUUCACUGAUGAUCUGUAGAAAAGUCACGAAUAAUUAGAUAAAAAUACAAGUUUUGGCUCUAAGAAGAUUCGAACCCACGUCAGUUGCCCGCCUGCAUGAGACAGAUUGAAAUAAGUACUCUAAUGCCCUUAUCAAGUGACGUCAUCAUGAUAUAUCUCUAUUAUAAAUAAGGAGUAUUUUAGGUAUUAAAAUCUUUAAACCCUUUCAAGGGGAAGGUGUGACGCGGGUUUAGUCCCACAUUGCUUAUGUACCAAAGUUUUGGACGAAUAUAUAGUAAUAUUACCCAAGCAAUGAGUCCCUUUCUCCUACGUGUACGACCACUCCUUGCCCCACAGCCGGCUGGCUACCAGUGACGUGGAAGGGGAGUGACACACACGUGCCCUCAUCGGUCCUAGCUACUUGAGCCCCUGCUCGAGGCUCCUCCCCGACUGCGCUUCCGACCUACUUGUGGGCCCGGUUGGCUGACGAGUCCCCCCCCAUUUUGCUAUAUUUUUAUUUUUAUUUCUUUUUUUUCAUCUAUCUCAAAAAUAAAACUAUAAAAAUUAUAUAAAUUUCUAAAAAAUCACAUAAUUAACCAAAAAUUCACAUUAAUCAACUAAAAACUACUUUUCACACUUUAACACAAAUAUAAGUCUAUUUAUCAUGAGUUAAGGCUAAAACUAUAUUAUUUACUAAUUAUUAACUCAUAAUAAUGAAAACUUAUCACUUGUCUAUUUAGACUUCAAUUUUCUUAGAAAUAAUGAGUCUAGAAUCAUAAAGUCAUAUUGUGGGAAGUAGAAUCAUCCGACUACUAAGUGUUGGAAAUAGUUCGACAAGCCUACUUCUGCAUAGUUGACAAUAACUUCAACUCUAGCGUCCUCCACUCUAUCCCAUGUUCCAGCUCCUACCUUCCACGUGACCUUGACACUUGUAGAGUGUGACAUCCUUUGCCAUGCCAAUGAUACUGACGCUUCCACCUCUACUAGUCUCACCUCACUUCUGGCCUCCUCCACGCUAGGUACACACGCUCUCCUUGCUUCCUCUUCGACACCGUAG